AUGAUUUCGCAGAAUAUUCCUUUAGUGCAAGCUAACUCUAAAUGGAAAGUGCGGGAGGGUAAAAUCCUUUUUUGGCUUGAUAAGUGGGCUAAUGAUGGCCCUCUUUGUACUAAUACUCAGAUUUCAGAUAUGCCGAACCUUAAAUUGAAAGAUUGCAAAUCUGGCUUGGGCUGGAAUAUGGAACUAUUUACUCGGUUGGUUGGUUAUCAAAAAGCUGAGGAUCUUAUUUUGCAAUUGGGUCGGGUUAAUAAUGGGACGGAUGUUCUGAUUUGGCUCCCUAAUGCUGAUGGGCUUCUCUCUACCAAAAGUGAUUGGAAUUGUAUUCGAACGAGGGGCCCAGAUUUCCCUUGGGCAAAAUGGGUCUGGCAUCCUGCCCUUCCCAAGAAGAUGUCUAUUACUAUGUGGAAAGCCAUUCAUGACUGUCUCCCAGUGGAUGACAGAAUCCGCAAAAUAGGUAUUCCUAUUGCCUACCGUUGCGAUUGUUGUUCAGAAUCUGAGUAUGAAGAUCUUAAUCAUAGUCUUGCGAGAGGUGAUUUUGCUGAAAAAAUUUGGUGUAUUUGUUCGGUAGUUCUUGGUAUUCCUUGGAGGGAAGGUUGGAGUUGGAGACAGCGGGUGGAGUGUUGGUAUAGGCAGGCAAAAAAUUCUACUCGAUCUGGUCAAUUGUUGGGUCUUCUUCCAGCCAUCAUAACUUGGCGUUUAUGGGGUCAGCGUUGUAAGGCCAGGAUGGAAGGUUUGAUGGAAUCGGUUCAACAGGUGUGGUGUUCUAUCAAAUAUUGGGUAUCCUGGAUUGCAUUAAAGAUUAAGGAUGUUAAUUUGCUCACUAAGCAAGAUGAAGGAGUUCUACAUUGUCCUUCAGGUGCAGGUGGCAUUAUUCGGGAUCAUAAAGGAAACAUGCUUUGUGGGUUUGCAGUUGAAACAGGGCAUAACUCUAAUAAUCAUGCAGAGUUGAUGGGUUUACUGCAUGGACUUCAUCAUAUUUGUUUAAUGGGUUUUGUAUCAGUGGAAAUUGAACUUGAUUCCAUGUUAGUCCUUAACUGGUUGAGGAACAAACGUUGUGGCCUUUGGUACAUGGAAGAUUAUUGGGAUGAAAUUCAAAGUCGUCUAGCUGGGCUUCAUGUCUCUCUUGGUCACUGCUUUAGAGAAUGUAAUUCGGUCGCGAAUGGCUUUGCCAAACUGGGUGCCAAUGGUCAAACUGUGUUCUGGUCUUCCUUAUCAGAGUUGCCUGCUCACAUUAGAGGUUUGUCUUUUGCAGCCCCCAGGCCUUGGGUUGUAACCACGGUUUUUCUCCGCUACAAGUGA